AUGCUGAGAAGGCGGUGCAGUACGAGCGCGCAGCGAUGUUCGGCGCCACUACCACAGUUCCGACCUGUGGCCUGGCAAGCCAGUGCCACGCUCCGUCCGCGCCAGGGAUUUAUACCGCGGGCACCCUUGUCCCAGCAGCCGCACUACGUUCGCGGCCACGCAACUACGGCCACGGCUACAGCUACGGCCACCGCGCCGGCGGAGCAGCAGUCGGCCGAGCUGGGCCUCACGUGGCUCGCUGACUACCGCCCCCCGCUCUACACCGUAGAUGACGUUCACCUGACCUUCGGCAUUGAGGACGCGCACACCACCGUCAGCUCCAUCCUCCACUGCAGGCACAACCCAAAGGCAGGGGAGAUGGCGCCUAUCGUGCUAGAUGGUGGACCGCCUAGCGAUAUGAAGCUCUUGAGCGUGACCCUCGAUCGUGUGCCGCUCCAGGCCGGCUCCGACUACAAGGUCGACGAAGCGUCGGGAAGGCUCCACAUCUCCAAACGCCCGGCCCAGCCCGCAUUCACACUGGAGAUCGCCACAGCGAUCGAGCCCAAGAAAAACACCGCUCUUGAGGGGCUUUAUCAAUCGAACGACGUGAUGCUCACCCAGUGCGAGGCGGAGGGUUUCCGCCGUAUCACGUACUUCUUCGACAGGCCUGACGUGCUUGCCAAGUAUACCACCACCAUCGUCGCCGACAAGGUCAAGUACCCCGUCCUCCUGUCCAACGGAAAUCUUGUGGCCGAGGGACAGACGGAAGGCGGUAAGCACUGGGCCAAGUGGGAAGACCCGUACCCAAAGCCCGCCUACCUCUUCGCACUCGUCGCUGGCCAGCUGCACUAUCUCGAGGAGACCUACACCACCGCGGCAUCCAAGCGAAAGGUGACUUUGCGCAUUUACACUGAGGAGGAAAACGUCUACAAGGUCGGUCACGCCAUGGCCUCUCUUCGCAGAGCGAUGAAGUGGGACGAAGACAAGUAUGGGCUCGAGUACGACCUGGCCAACAUGAACAUCGUCGCGGUGAACGACUUCAACAUGGGGGCCAUGGAGAACAAAGGCACGCGCCCUUUCCCAUCUGUUCACAUACGCUACAAGAGCCUUCUCGUGGUCUGA